AGUAAUUUGGGUUUGCAUUUAAAAGUGUAAAGACAAAAGAUUUUUAAGAUGAUUUCUGCAAGAAAAAUAAUUUUAACAAAUUCACUUAAAUUUAAAAUUUCUUGUGGUUCAAUGGUUAAUCUCAAAAGAAACUAUGGUGUGAGUGAAUCUCUAAAAGACUGCGGUGAUAAAAGGAAGCUAAUUGAUUCACAUUAUCCAGAUUUUUUAAAUGAAAUGAAGGCUACAGCUGAAAGCUGUGGUUCAUAUGGAACUAGAAACCAUAUUGAAAGGUUGUUAAAUUACAAUGUAUAUGGUGGUGGAAAGAAAAAUCGUUGCCAAAUAGUUGUAGAUGCGUAUGAAGAAAUGGCUCCAAAAGCUGCCCUUAUCAUCUAUCUUCCUAGGAUGGUGUCUUGAAGUGUUUCACGGACUGUAUAUAAUUUUGGAUGAUAUAAUUGAUGAGAGUACAACCCGAAGAGGUAAACCAUGUUGGUACAAACUGGAUGAUAUCCGAAUGACAGCCAUCAAUGACAGCCUAUUGCUUCAAGCUAACAUUUAUGAUGUUCUUAAGAGAAAAUUCAGUUCUAUGCAAUGCUACGGAGAUCUUAAAGAAGUAUUUGAUAAAAGUCUGCUAAUUACCUCGGUGGGGGUGCACAUGGACCUAUCCACUAUGCAUCAGGAUGUCUUAACAUUCACAAUGGAACAAUUUAGACAGAUUGCAGCAUUCAAAACUGCUCAGUAUUCCAUUUAUACACCAAUUGAAUUGGGCUUAGUCCUCAUAGACGCUACGAAUUUGCAAUCUCUGCAAAUUGCAAAGAAUAUUCUCUAUGAAAUUGGGAUUUUCUUACAAAUCCAAGAUGAUUUCUUGGACUGCUACGGAGAUCCAGCCAUUACAGGUAAAGUAGGAACAGAUAUUCAAGAUAAAAAGUGCACAUGGCUCGUGGCAACCUUCUUAGAACGUGCUAAUACAGCGCAAAAGAAAACUUUGAAAGAGUUUUAUGGAAAGAAACAUGAACAGUCUGUUCAGACAGUUAAGCAACUCUACGAAGACGUAGGUUUGCCUGAAAUCUACAAAACAUACGAAGAUACUGCCUACAAGAAGAUCAAAGAAGACAUUCAGCAAGCAAAAGGAAUUCCGCAGAGAUUGUGUCACAACUUAAUGGAUAAAUUUUAUAAAAGGAAGUUAUAAUACAAAGAAAAAUGAAUAAUCGACUUUUUCAUCAUUACAUGUACUAAUAUUCACUGUGAAAGGAUUUUGAAAAUGUUAAUAUAAAAAAUAUGUAUUAAUAAAGGAAUUUUCAAU